GGGUAUUAGUACAGACUGUAGCACAAGGCUGAUCGGUGUUAAAAUGAGCGGGUUUAUAUCAAGUACAUCGGAGGAAGGGCCCUCGAGUCCAGCUGUGGAGUCCUAUUUAUUUGGCUGUGAAUUGUCAUCAAAAAUAAAACAAUACACUUUCCAGGUAAAUGAAGAGGAUGAUGCUGCGCAUUAUGUGUGUUUACAGACUAUUAGUCUUGGGGCAGAAGCUAAGGAUGAACACAACGUAGUGGAAGUGACUGCAUCUAAUUAUCAAAAUAAGGAAGUUACUGUGCCUUUGGCGAACCUUAAACUUUCAUGUCAACCAAUGGUAAAUAUGGGAUCUUUUGAGAUUGAGGCACCCGUGACCUUUCGUUUAACAUCUGGUUCUGGUCCAGUUUUUAUCUCCGGCCGGCAUUAUAUUGUAAUCGAUGAUGAUGUAGACCAGUCAGGUUCAGAGGAGGAGGAUGAUGAUGAUGAGGAGGAGGAGGAGGAUGAAGAUGAUGAUGAAGACAUUACUCCAAUAAAACCAGCUAAGAAAAGCCUGAAAACUCUAUCACAUACAUUAUAAUCGAGCCUUACUGUGGGGGGCAUUACUCCAGUGUGUUCUCUACAUUACAAGGUUUUAGGCAUUCCAGGCAAAGCAAUGCUGUAUCAGGCUUUAUAUGAGAAUGCAGGCUGCUCUUAAAUCAAGUUUACAUGGAAGAUAUAGACUAAUGAAAGUGCCUUCUUUAACAUCUCUAUGUUUUGUAUAUGACCGUUAUUUAAGAAAGUUUUUUUUUAAUUCCAAAAUUUUGACUUCAGACCGCAUUAUCCAUGUGCUCUACGGUAGUCGUUUAGCUGUUCAUUGUUACUGUUUUAUUGAUAAAGUGUGUACAAUGGGCUGGAUUUGUUUUAGGAUUCCAACACCAGCUUUUAUUACAAUUUUAUCCUUAUUGACAUUACAAGUCACUCAACGGCCCAGUGCAAGGUUCAUAUUUAGGACUUCAUAAUCUGCUGUUCAUACUGUGAAUGGAGUGGGUAUGAUUAUUAUUUUUGACAA